GUCAUUCUUUCCGCCUUGCAUGUUGCCGGUUCUCUCGUCUGUACGUUCUACCUAAACGCAUUGCCUACCGUGAGUUGAAAGGUGCAAGGUUGCAUUUUUAUAUAUCGGUGUGAAAAGUAGACGAACGUAAUCCAAUAUAACAAAAAAUCACCGCAAAGCGUAAAUUGACAGACAGUUAGUGCUGCAGUCAGCGAAUUUGACGCUGAACGGCUUGUCAUCGAAAAAAAAAAACAAAAAACCGUCAGGGGAAGGACCGCAUCAUGUGGGACGACGAAUGUUGGGACGACGAUGCAUCUCAGGCACGAUCUGCGACUACGGUAGCUGCGGUAUCACAACAGUACCAACGUGAACCAGAUGCACCACCACCAUCGAAGUCGUACGAGCCUGAGAAGAGAUCGUAUCAACGUGAAAGACGUACUCGAGAGCAUACAGUGUCUCAUGGUGACAGUAUUCGGAUAGAGGUACGCGGAAACGUUGUACCGCGAAUCAUUGGAAAACAAGGCGCCACCAUACGGGACUUACGCUCCCGGACCAACGCACGCAUCGAUGUUGAUCACGAUCGGAGCUCGAGCGAUAUGGGAACGGUCACCAUAUCCGGGGAUCCGGAAAGUGUCGAAGCAGCUCGAAAGGCCGUGUACGAGAUUAUGAAUUCAUCAGACUCGUCGCGUCCUCCGAGAUCGGGAUACAGUGGCGGUUCGUCUAACGAUCGUCGUGAUCGACGUGAUGAUCGUGGCAAUCGUUACGAAGACUCGGAUAGAGGAGGUUGGUCAAGGUCCGGUGAAAGUUCGUACGGUGGUCGUGGCGGUGGUGGACGAGAUCGAGAUCGUCCAGGUAGAAAUUACAACGACUUCUACGGAUCUAGCGAUCGGUCGGGAAACGCUGGUGGUGGUGGUGGUAGUCAGAGCCGAUAUUCGUCUCAUUCUCAUGCAGAUGCGUAUGCUACAAGCGACGAAAUAAUCGACUGGGCGUCGCUGAAUAAAGAAGCCGACGAGGCAUUCAAGGAACGGUGGGCAAAGUGUCCUCCGCUCGUGAAAAUGUUCUAUAACGAGCGCGAAGAGGUGGCAAACAUGAGACCGGAGCAAGUAGCAGCGUUCCGAGAGGCGAACAACAAUAUCGUGGUAGAGCGUACCUUCAAGGACGAGAAGGAUAAUGAACGGAAGCCGAUACCGAAUCCAGUCAGCGAAUUCCAUCAGGCGUUCGGAGAAUAUCCAGACCUCAUGGAGGAGCUUCGCAAGCAGAAGUUUACCACUCCGACCCCAAUUCAAGCACAAGCGUGGCCUAUACUGCUGCGCGGCGAAGAUCUGAUCGGUAUCGCACAGACCGGUACGGGUAAAACGCUGGCCUUCCUGCUUCCCGCGCUCAUUCACAUCGAGGGGCAACCGAUCCCUCGGGGUGAGCGGGGCGGACCGAACGUGCUCGUGCUGGCACCGACCCGCGAGCUCGCCUUGCAGAUUGAGAAGGAGGUAGCAAAGUAUCAAUUCCGUGGCAUAAAGGCCGUCUGCCUGUACGGUGGCGGUGAUCGCCGGGCGCAAAUCAACGUCGUCCGAAAGGGGGUCGAAAUUUUGAUUGCCACACCGGGUCGUUUGAACGAUCUUGUGCAGGAAGGCGUGGUGGAUGUGUCGACCAUCACGUACCUCAUACUGGACGAAGCGGAUCGUAUGCUGGACAUGGGCUUCGAGCCGCAGAUCCGCAAAGUGCUGCUGGACGUGCGUCCCGACCGUCAAACGGUGAUGACCAGCGCCACCUGGCCCGAUGGCGUCCGCCGGCUGGCUCAGAGCUACAUGCACGAUCCAAUCCAGGUGUACAUCGGAACGCUAGAUCUGGCCGCCACGCACACCGUAACGCAGGUGAUCGAGGUGAUGGAUGAGGAGGAUAAGUUCCAACGCAUUAACGAGUUUGUCCGAGACAUGCAGCCAACGGAUAAGGUGAUCAUUUUCUGCGGUAAGAAAACGCGUGCCGACGAUCUGUCGUCCGAGUUUAUCCUGAGCAACAUCUCGUGCCAAGCGAUUCACGGCAACCGUGAACAGAGUGACCGCGAACAAGCACUGGAGGACAUUAAGAAUGGUACGGUGAAGAUACUCAUCGCUACCGACGUGGCGUCCCGGGGGCUUGACAUCGAGGACAUUACGCACGUGGUGAAUUAUGAUUUUCCACGCAAUAUCGAAGAGUACGUCCAUCGUGUGGGCCGUACGGGGCGUGCUGGACGGACCGGCAUUUCGUUAAGCUUCAUGACGCGCUCCGACUGGGGUGUGGCUGGUGAGCUGAUCAAAAUUCUGAAGGAAGCAGACCAAGAGGUACCGGACGAGGUGCGCGAUAUGGCGCGCCGGUUUGAGGCUCGCAAGGAGCGCGAUGGCGGUGGCGGUCGUGGCGGAAGGGGACGCGGAUUCGGUGGAAAUCGCCGAUGGUAGACGACCGUUUUUUUUAAUGCUUAAGUUACCCACCGACGUAAGUUUCCGCUUACAUUUACUUGUGGUCACUCGUGGAGCGUAAUCUUCUUUAACCAAGCACUCCCAAGAGAACUGCCUGUUGCUGCUCAUCUCUGCGCACAACGUGACUACAUGUUCUACUUCUUACUCGUAUUUUUUCCAAGAUUCCUUUCAUAAUGUGCGAAGCACUUAGUGUGUAGGGGAAAGGACAUAGGGUCUACUUUAUUACCAUCUGUUUCCUUCCAAUGCAGAAUGUGAUUCAAGAAGACUAUAAAAUAUAUCGACGGAAAUACCUUACCUUAGAGGGUAAACUUAAAAAAAUGGACUCAGUUAGCCAGCUGCUGCAUCGUAACGGAUUGUAAACGUAGCAAAUGAAUUCGAAUAUUAUUUAAGUGUAAGUGCCUUCGACGUCAUGGAUGAUCGAUGUAAAGGGAUUAAUUGUGAGUGCUUCAUGGCGUCUCAUAUGAACUGCUGAUCCUUGUGAUUAUAAUGAAUUUGAGUUACUGAAAUAAAACUACGUAGCAAAAUG